AUGCCGUCACGGAGAAGCGCGAGACUAAAGGCCAAGGCCGAUGAGCCUGCCUCUUCUGAGAAGCAAACCCAGGAGUCCAAGAAAGCACCUAAACGGAAGGCCCCAGUUUCCACCGAUGACAAAUCUAUCAAGAAAGCACCCAAGACAAAAUCUUGGAAUGAAAAGUCUGACGACAAGUCUCCUGGCCGACAGUUGAAGCCAAAGGCCGGAGCUGGAACGAACAAGACUGGAGAGUCAUGUGUUCAAACACCAGCCAAGACUUCCAAUGGCCCAUUUUCAUCGUUGCCCCCAGAAGUCUUGAAUCUGGUUAUAGAAAAGAUCAAAGACACAAAGUCUCUAGGGAAUCUAAGCAAAACUAGCAAGGCCUUUCAUAGCUUCGUCAUACCUCAACUCUUCAAGCGUGUCGAGGGUUCCGUGUCGUUUCAUGCUCAUAUUGCCAAGCUCAUCCGUACAAUCGAGCCACUUCUCACCAUCAAGCAAAGGAAGCAGCUCAAGAAGGAAGGCCAGUACAAAGGCCAGCAGGAGAGUUUCUCCAACAACACAGAUGACAACGAGAGACCUCAAAUUUCAGAUUGUGUUCGACAAGCCAUCUUCUACAUUGGUGAUCCGGGCAAGAAGCACAGAUAUAUUGUUUUCCGUUAUGUCGAAGAGCUUUUGGAUAGUACACCCAACUUAGAAGUCUUCGCAGCCACGUGUCUUACAAAGCCAAUGGCAACGAAAUUAGCUGCAAAAAAGAAUCUUCGGGCUCUUUUUCUGAAUACGUCCUGGACAGAUAACAUAGACACAGAAACAAUGUCUGGAAUUCAAGGCUUGAAGCACCUUCACUUGUUAACAUCGAAUUGUUUUAGCACUAGCAGCCCUCCCUUGGAGCUUAUCUGGAACUCUCGUUCCACAUUGCGGAGUUUGGACCUUGACCGGUCGUAUUUCCACUCCUUGUAUAAGGCAGUUGACAAUUCGAUCGGCAAGGCUGAAUCUUUAAACCCACAGCAUGACCUGAGCGCUUUGAGGUCAUUCUCUAUUAGGGGUACAAAGAUUAACCCAGAUGAAGUUGUUUCUCUGAUUAGGGCUGUUGACUUUACUUCAUUAGAGAAUCUCAAGUUUGGCUACAAGAAUGUCAACAUUGGGUUACUCUUCCGACGUCUAAUCGAUAUAUUUUCUGCUACAAAGAAUGCCGAGAUAAAACUCCGGAGCCUUUCAUUGAAUCUGGGUUCCCAAGCCUUUUCUAAUUCGAUUAGGAUGGUGGCAAAAACAGGAGAAGAGGACCUCGGUAUAGAAUUCAUUUCGUCUUUUACCACGUUGACGAGUCUCAUUGUUGUUGACGCCGGAAUUCAUUCUUCGAACUUACCAAACCCGGGUUUGAAGGAUACGCUCUUACAAGGCAUUUUUAUGCAUACAAAUCUGACCACGCUGGAAUUCAGAGAUUCAAUCUCUACCUCUGGCUGUAAGGUGCCAUGUCUGGAUACUCAGACGGUCAAACGUUUUAUUGAGAACUUCCCUCAACUGAAGAAUUUCCACUUUUACCCGGAAGAAAAACAACUUGAUGAGAUCGCCGAGGUUCUUUCACGAGGCCGUAAUCUGGAGUCGGUUGGGAUAAGUACACGCGAGAGCACCAAAGACAAAGACGAAGAGAAAGGUCCUGAAUUUCUCCGCCAACUUGUCCUUCCAAUCCUGGACCGCGACUCGAAUGACAAGGGAGACUAUCAAUGGGAAGACUCCAGUAAGUUCAGUCGAUUGACAAUGGGCGUUUCAGUAUGGGAAGUUGGUUCGAAACUCGGAAAGGCCAUAAAAGGGAUGAAAAAUGCCGAGAUAAUCACUUCAGCUUCGAAUUCGAAGAAAACAGUCAUGUAUCGAGAGAUCCCAAGCCCCAUGCACUUGUGGCUUAGGGGAAGUUUGAAUGAAAUGAAGGACUGGGUAAACAAGGUUGCUAAGGACCUUGAUUAG